GACGCUGGUGAGGGAGUGGGUCACACACCGCCCCAGAGGAGCUGUCAGUGAAACAGGUGGAGUUUCUCAGUCUGUUUCCCCCGGUGAAGUCCCAGCGGAGGGACACGGUGGAGAGGAUACACAAUUCCUUCAAAUUAACAUCGGUUCAUCGUGUCUUUUGAGAGAAUUAUUUCACAAACCUGGUCAUGACUUCGGUGUGGAAGCGGCUUCAGCGGGUUGGAAAGAAAGCAUCCAAGUUCCAGUUUGCAGCUUCAUUUCAAGAACUGACGAUAGAAUGCACAAAGAAAUGGCAACCAGACAAACUCCGAGUUGUGUGGAUCAGGAGAAACAGACGACACAGCACAAAGCUCCACAGCUGGCAGCCAGGGAUAAAAAACCCCUACAGAGGCCUGGUGCUUUGGCAUGUUCCAGAGACUUUAGACAUCAGUGUCACACUCUUCAAGGAACCUACUGCAGAGGAGUUUGAAGACAAGGACUGGACUUUUGUCAUUGAAAAUGAGACAAAAGGCCGUAGGAAGGUGUUGGCAUCAGCAGAUGUCAAUAUGAAGAAGUUUGCCAGUUCAACGCCGGCCCAGUACGAUGUCACGCUGAAGUUUAAACCGCUGUCUGUCAAAGUGGUGGAAGCUACGCUGAAACUCAACUUGUCUUGUGUCUUUCUGAAAGAGGGCAAAGCAACAGAUGAGGACAUGCAGAGUUUGGCCAGUCUGAUGAGUAUAAAACAGAGUGACAUCGGAAACCUGGAUGACUUCAUUGACAGUGAUGAUGAAGGCGGCGAGGAGAAGAGGGCCAGCUUUGGACAAGCUUCUCAUGUUUCUGCCUCUGCCUCUUCUCUCAUGAGAGUACAUGAUCUGGCUUGGAGGCCUGCAAUGGAGUCAGGCCGCACAGUAACCUCGGAGAUGGAUUGGAAAGCGACCUCUGGCAUUCCCUCCACCAUCUCGGCCCCAUCCUGUCCUCCUCUGCCUAAACCCCCAGACCCCUCUGUUCCACCCUCUCUAUGCACCCGGCCACCAAGCGCUGCCCAGCAGGCUCGGCCCUCCCCCUAUGCCUACUCACUGCCAGCCUUUACACGUGCUCACCCUCCCGCUCUUCCCAAAAUCUUCCAGCCCACUUCCGGAUCAGUGCCCAUUUCAGCUCAGCGAAGGCCCCAUAGCUUCCACAGUGACUCCUCUCCAGCUGAGGGCCUGGAGGCUUUCGUUACCUUCACCCCUUCUAAAGCCACCUCCACCUCUACCCUCUCACCCCCUGAUCCAUCUCUACACACUCCCACUUUCUCUGAUACCUCACAAACAGCCAGUGCCUGGAGAGCACAGAGUGUCCCUUCCUUUUCUUCUGUGUCCUCCUCCUCUUCAUCUUCAGCUCCUCUCAGUUCCUGCCCUCCCAUACCUCCCAUGCCUCCUGCUUCCAGACAGUCCAAAGCUCGCCUCACCUCUGUGGGGGAGCCAGGCUCUGUCCUCACCAGGCCCACCAGCCUGCCAUCUGCCCCCGAGACAGCUUCCUGGCAGAGUGAAUGGAGGCCUCCUAAAUCUCAGGCCCCUCUAGCACAGCCUGCCAUUUCGCCUAAAUUUCUGCAUCUCUCUGACCCUGGACAGCCUGCAGUGGUGCAGAAAAAGCAGAUAGAGACGCCAUCUUCAUUCUCUCCGCACACUGGUCAGUCUUUGGAGCAGAAACACCAGGGAGGGUCUGGAUUUGUUCCUUCUUGGAGACCCCAGGUCACCCCUGCAGUAGAGACGCCCUUCCCUUCUCCUUUAAGUCCUUCUGCUCUUGUGCUCUUUGGGCCUCUUCCUCCUUCUCAGCCUCAUGUAUCACAAACUGCCAUAACCUCCCACAGUGACCAAGAUGCAGAAUUCAAAAGGCAGUUGAGCACGUUAAACGAAGAGGACAACCAGUGUACAACACCUACAACGCCCGAUCCCAGAGCACCGGCCGGCUUGAGGCCAGAGUCGUCCAGGGCUUCAGAGUGGAAAAGAGAUGCACAAUUUGGAGUCGAGGUUGUUAAGGCUUCAGCAGGACCUGAGAGCAUGGCCUCACUUGUGCCACUUAGCCCCAGAAAUCCUGUAGCCCCAGGGCUAACAUAUUUUGAGAUGCCAAAAACACGGAUGGAUCAAACAGAAUCAAGGCCAACAAUGAUAUUCCCUAACAUCCAGUCAACACAACCUCCCAUCAUGUUUGCACCUGUGCAAAACCCUGAUUUUCAAGAUUACACAUCUGCUUCAGUCAAGGAGAUUCUGGUUAACCCAAGAAGUCCCUUGUCCAAGAUGUCCAUUCAGUUAGGGAAUCCAAUAGCCCAACCAGAGCCUGUUCAACAUAUCCCCCUUUCUCCUACCAACCCCCAACCUACUUCCAGAUUACUCCAGGGACCUUUAUUGCACUUACCUCAAAUUACUACAACCUCUGACACAAAACCGAUAGGAGUGGCCCAUAAAAAAGAAGCUGUAACUAUGGAUUCGGGAAAUGAGAGCAUGGCUGCAACAGUGUCAUCUUGUCUCAGAGAUGCCAGUUCUGCUUUUCCUCCAAUGGUGAUGAACACAACACCUGAAGCUCAGACUAGAGAAUGGUCAAUUGUGAAAACCUCACAGUGGGAGAAGCCACAAAGAGACACUCCAAAAAUAAGCCCUGCUGUUCCAAUACCCAUUAUGGAUAAGAAAACCAUAUGCAACAUGACUGUUUCAGACCAAGCCACUUCAAGGUUGGAUUUUGGGUUUCUCUCAGCACAGCAGGCCACAACGUACAAUUUAUCAAAACAAAGAGAAGAAUUUGAAGUGGAUUUGGCAUCAUCUUCCACAAAAGGCUUUGAUGUACAUGGAUUGGAUCCAGAACACUGUAUGGAAAAAGGGAGAACUGAAAAUGUGCCAUGGUCUAUGGAUAAGAGACCGUCGUUUGAACUAGAUAGGAGCGUUACAAGAGAACUUGUGUUACCAAGCUCUGCAGUCAGUAUAGAAGAAACAUGUGUGUACAUAUCUAAGGUGAAACUUGGUCCAUGUACAACAGGGAGUUCUAUUUCUCAUUCAUUGUCCACUUUACAGCCUGAAAUUCAGAUUGAAGGAACAGUGGGGGUGUUGAGUAUGAUUAAAUUACAAUCAAGCUGCCCACAAUAUUCCAAGAUUCCUGGAAUGCCGUCUUUACAACAGUCACAAGUUAUAGCUUGGCCUGAUGAUAGGAGGUUAUUGCUUCAGAAGUUACCCAGCAACAAAUUUCCUUUACUCCUGUAUUCAGAUUAUGCAGGGAUUGCAAAAAUGGUGGAUUUAACACCAUCCUGCUCCAGGUCUGCCAGUAUUCCUGGAUUCCCAUCUGCUUCGAAACGUGAGCCAAAUAUGACUUGUCUUUUACCUAUAUGUCCCAGAAUUUGCAGCAUUCCAGGGUUAGCUUCUGCUGGAUCAGUGACUGGAUAUGAAAAGACUGUUUGGGACAGAUGCUGUCUGUGGAAGAAACCAUUGCAGAUUAAAGAAGCAUUUGUUUUGCAAAUGUCUUGUGUUCAGGAACAAGCUGUAAGUGAUAAUAAUAUGAUUAAAGCCAUGGUGGCCAUGUUACCAACAUGUUCUAGUAAGGCCAGUGUUCCAGGGUUUCCAUCUGCACCUUCGCAAAAGGUUUCAAAUACUUCAAGUAUGGCAAGUCUUCUCCCUACAUGCCCAAAACAGACAACGAUUGCAGGUAUGCCAGGUAAACAAAGAGUUAUGGCAUAUAAUGAUGCCUGGCAUAUUUUGAGGGAAUUCAUUUUAGAUAGACCAUUGAGAAGUAAUCCUGUUCUGGUUCUGGAGAAGUCACAUGAGACUAAAGAACAUAUAAAACAUAUGGUAGAUAUGUUACCAUCUUGUCCCCGGAAGGAAACUAUCCCUGGUUUCCCCUCUGUACCAAGAAAAGAACCAAGUGGGCCUGGUGCUCCAUUUGCACCAAGCCAAGAUCCGAGCAUGGCAGUUUUUUUGCCUACUUGCCCAAGAAAAACCAGAGUUAUUGGUUUACCCUCUAAGGCGGCAGUUAGUGCUCAAGGUGAGAGUUUGGAUAUACCCAGGCACAUUUUGAUGGAGAAGCCCUUGAGCAAAGGAGUAGUCUUUAUUCAAGAUAAUUCCCUAAGUGCUGCUCAGGAUCUAGACAAGAGAGAAAUGUUCAGUUCAGUGGCAAUGUUGCCCUCAUGCCCUGUGAGAACUUGCCUUGUAGGUAUGCCCACAGCACCCCAGAAGCUGUUACCACGUAGUUUCAGUCUUGCACCUAUAUGCCCUAAACAGACCCAAACUCCUGGUAUGCCAUCUCGAGAUCAAAACAAGUCAAAGAACAAAGAUUGGCAUACCUUGAGGCUAUUUAUUAACAAGGGUUCAGAGAAGAAAACACAAGCUUACAUUGUUCAGUGGACAAUGAAAGACACAGACAUCCCUACAGAUAUGGUAGAUAUGUUGAUAAGUUGCCCACAAAAAGCCAAAGUUUUUGGCUUACCCUCUGCUCCACGACAAGAACCCAGUAUGGUUAAUGUAAUGCCUUCAUGUCCCAUACACAGUAGAAUCCCUGGUUGGCCUUCAAAGACUAGACAUUUUUGUUUGUCCGGCUGCAAUGAAUGGUUUGCUUCUAAAGGUUUACAGUGGGAGAGUCCAUUUAUCAAAAAGGAAGUGCAGAUUCUUAAUGCAGUUUUGUGUUUUGAUAAGAACACUGCUGUAAGUAUGAGUGCAAUAUUACCCUCUUGUCCUGAGAAUGCUCGUGUCCUUGGGUUUCCCUCUGCUCUGACACCGACAUUAGCAGAUGGUCCAACUAUGGUGAAUUUAUUGCCUAGUUGUACAAAGGAAUCUAGAGUUCCUGGAAUGCCACUUAGAGACACCGCCAAACAAUUACAGUGGCUAAUGAAAAGUAAGUCACUGCUACUCCCUAGGGAGAAGUCUGCAGUUCUGUUACAUUUACAAAAUGUUAAUGUGUUCUAUUCUGAUUGUGAUAUGGACAUAAAUAUGGUAUCGAUAAUGCCCUCCUGCCCACGGACAGCCUGUUUACCAGGCUUUCCUUCAGUACCAUGUCAAGUUUUGGCAGAUAUACCAAGUAUGAUCAAUCUGCUGCCUACUUGUCCAAGAUCUUCCAGAGUAUGUGGAAUACCCUCUAGAUCCCACAGUGAGUCUGAUGAGACAAAAUGUAUUAUAGACAAAAGGCUAGAAUGGGAAAGGCCCUUAAGAAAAGCAGGGAGACUGUCAGUAAUACAUGACCAUAAAAUGUAUUUUAGAGAAAAGGCAGUGUUUAGAAUUAUGGUGUCAAUGUUGCCACCCUGUCCAAAACACUCAUAUAUUCCUGGGAUUCCCUCUAAGGCAUUAGAGAGACCAGUGGAACUUGUGACAAACGAUGCUCUCAGCAUGUUAAAAUCCUUAGCCACUUUCCCAAAACACAGUAAAAUUCCAGGUCUACCUGCAAAGAAUAUUGCAAAAGAUUCUGAUGGCUGGUAUGUGGACAAGGAUGUAGUUUGGGAAAACCCAUUCAAGAGUGGGUAUGGAGUUGUCCACCAAUAUUUUACAGUUAAUGAAAAGUCAUAUUACAAUUACAAAGAAAUAAUGCUGAGUAUGCUUCCAUCAUGUCCACGACAAGCCCUGAACCCUGGAUUUCCAUCCGCUCCACGACCCAAAGCAAUUGAUGCCAUUGUUGAAAAACGUCCAGACAUGGUACAGUUGCUGUCAUGUUGCCCCCGACAUUCAAGUAUCAUUGGUUUCCCCUCAAGAGUGUCUAUUAAUUCUGAUUCAAAAGUAGGGGGCUGGCCAGUGGUGAUGAUUAAGACGCAAGGCGGGUGUCCAUUUUACACCAAGGAUAGUUCUCACAAAGAUAUAAUAAUGGCAAGUCUUUCUCUUAAACCUUCUCGUCCAAAGAUUUCUCUCAGUUCUGGCUUCACAGCAGUUCCACUGCCUGACGUAGGCCGGCUUCCAAAGAUGGUAAAUAUUGUACCAUCUUGCCCAAAAAAAGCUUCUGUUCUUGGGGUGCCGUCAACACAUGUGCACCAUUCAGAACAGGGUUGGCCAGGAACACAAAAGAAAAUCGGAAAGGAAAGUGAAAACCCUACGAGUCAUCAGCUGUCAUUGGAAGAACAGUCCUUAUCUAAGGUUUCUGUCAGAGAGAGAUCCAUACAGUUUAUAUUCCCUAGCCAAGAUGUACCAGAGGAUGAACAACAAAGAAUGAAAAUUGAGUCAUCAACCUGUCCCGUCGAGGCCAUUGUCACAGAUUUACCAGCAUCAACUUCAGAAAUUCAAGUGGACCAGCCAUCCUCCAGAGUUAAUGGGAUUGAAAUAUUAUGGAAUGAUGCCAGUCCAACCAGAUUAGAUCUUGACACAAAGAAAGUGACACAUGUGUGCUCAGUUUUGGAGAGACAUAAGGAUGAACAGGGAUUUUGGAUACCAAUUGAGGCUGAAGAAAUAGCUGUUUUAGAAAAAGGAAACUUGCAUUGCAGAAUGUGGCACUCCAUUCCUGACAUGCCACUAUUCUUGAGUGUUAGGAAGAGCAAUGAAAACAGCAUGGUUUCACUACAGCCAUCAUGCCCAAUUGUUGCUGGUGCAACAGAACUCCAAACCCAAGUAAAUAAUGCUGAGCAGCAGUUACAAAAACAUCAUACAAGCAGGACCAUACUAUGGGAGGAGCUACCAAAGUCGACUACAAUAAAAUGUCCUACAGACAAGACCAUAUUAUGGGAGGAGCUACCAAAGGUGACUACAGAGGCAAAUGGAGAAGUCACAAGAUCCUGGCGUCCACCAAGCCAAUGAACCAACAACACCUCAGAAAAGACCUGCAGAUGGGGCUGCCGCUCUGGAAAGCUUUUCGCCCAGUCCCAGUUUAGUAACAUCCAGUCAGUCUCUCCUGGACUGGUGUAAGGAAGUAACACAGGGUCACAAGGGAAUGAAGAUCACCAACUUCAGCACCUCCUGGAGGAACGGCCUUGCUUUUUGUGCCA